AUGUCAAAGGUAGGUCUCACCAACUGGUCAGAUACAAAUGUCAUAAGCUCUACGUCUCUGGCCACGUUCAAUGUGACAUUUCCAGUUAGUGAAGUGUUUGACUCCAACAAUGUGACAUUUCCAGUCACUGAGGUGUUUGACAUAGAUUAUCACCACAGUUGUGACAUCAGCACCAAGUAUGGCAUUGUGACAAGCAUUGUUGCUGCAGUGUCGUUUCUUUUUGGAAUACUGUACACAUUUUUUGGCUACAGAUUUUUCAAGGCCAUCAUGUUCCUCACAGGCUUCAUCUUUGGAUCUGUGCUAACCUACAUGAUUAUACUGGAGCAGAACAUCCUCCCACCCGAAGGAGUAUUAGGAUGUGCAGUAGGUGCUGGCAUACUCUUGGGACUAGUCACCAUGCUCAUCCAGCAGACAGGCCUUUUCCUGACAGGGUUUAACCUUGGAGUAGCCACUGUGACAGUCAUCCUGGUGGUGGUGGAGCAGUUUGUGCACCCUCCCAGCAAAUGGAUCCCCAUAGGAGUGUUUCUCUUGCUGGGGAUCAUAUUUGGAAUCCUGAACCUGAAAUUUCAAAAGAUACUGACUGUGAUAGGGACCAGUGUGAUUGGGUCAGCCAUUGGUUUGGCUGGCAUUGACUAUUUUGUGGAACACUGUCAUAUGACUCUCUACCUCUGGGAUCGUGUGCUGGCUCAGGAAUCUUCAGGCCUGUGCUGGUUUAGUUGGCUGAUGUUUGCACUGUGGCCUGUGUGCGCUGCUGCUGGUACAUUUGUUCAGUGGAAGUUCACAAGUGUUGGGGUAGACCACAGAUUAGCUUUAAAAGGCUGGCGACAACGAGGGUCUCAUCUUCAACAAGUGCGAGCCAGUGGAAGAAAGGAGACCCAGCAGGUCCGCUACCGUCACCUUUAUCAAGCGCGUCGGGUCAAGGGGGAUGUUAUAUCUCAGAAUUUCACUCACAGUGUCCAGCACAAACUGCCGCCAGCUAUGCAGAGUCUGACAGCUCUAACUACUGAACAAAUUAAUGACGAUGACAGCACAGCCACAACUACUCUCACUCAAGUCACAUGA